CUAACACUAAACCCUUUGCGUCUUCUCUUUGUUCAGCACUGAAAUGGCCAUGUACACUGUGCUCCGCCGCGUCUCCUCCACAGUGUGGCCUCUGGCUGCGCGGCGCGUCAUGGGGGCAUCAUCUUCUAGAACCUUACACAGUGCACUCUCCGUUGGGCUUCUCCAUAGAGAGACAACUCUUAUUGUUCCUUCUCUUCGCUUCGUAAAUGCCUUCGCUACGAAGACGAGCGCAGAUGAUAAUCUCAUUCAAGUCCUCCAAUCUGAAAUCAAAUGCGUCCACGAUGACGAUCACGCGCAGCAAGUUGAAAUCCCUGAUGAUUUUCCUUUUGAGAUUGAGGACAAUCCUGGAGAAAGAACCAUACAACUAAAGAGACAAUAUCAAGGUGAAAUUAUCAAAGUUCAAGUUGACAUCCCUAAUGUAGCACCUGAAGAAAACGAGGACGAUGAUGAUGGGGGGGAUGGUGGUGAGAAGAAUGAUAAUGAAUCUAGCAUUCCCUUAGUUGUGACUAUUUUUAAAGGAAAUGGAGUGUGUCUGGAGUUUGGCGUGACUGCUUUCCCUGAUGAGAUUUCCAUUGAUAGCUUGUCAAUAAAGCAGCCCGAAGAUUCUGAAGAUCAGCUGAUAUAUGAGGGACCUGAGUUCACUGACUUGGAUGAAAAUCUGCAAAAGGCUUUUCACAAGUAUCUUGAGAUUCGGGGUAUCAAGCCAAGCACAACAAACUUUUUGCAGGAAUACAUGAUUAACAAAGACAGCAAGGAAUACUUAAUGUGGCUCGAGAACCUGAAGUACUUCAUUGAGAAAUGAUUUUAGAAAAGAAUUGCUUCUUACUAUUGAGAUUGUGAAACGUUGAAAAAAGCCCUUGUUUUUGGUGUACAAGUGUCGUCCUGUAUCAUGAUUGAGAAUUACUGGUGUUUGCAAACAAUUCUAAAAAACUUUCUUGGUAAAAGCGUUGUGUAUGCUGCCCUUUGUACUUUAACUUCAACCCUUCAAUCAAUAGUCGCUGGGUGGUUGUCCCAUUUACUGUUUACCUUUCAUCGUUGAGAUGUAAUAAGUUUAAUGUGUUCACUGCUAUUUGUAGUUUGGCUAUCACAGCCCAUCAUUGUCUUAAUUUCA